CGAUAAGUGAUGAACAUCAUCUUACUUCAACGCUCUCUAUAAGAGUAGAUUGCAUACAACACCAAAUUCCAACAACUAUACUCAGUUAUAUUUUUGAUUAAAAUUCAUUAUAAAAAAUGACUGUUAUUUUCGAGACAUCUCAAUAUGCACACGUCUUACGCAUGCUGAACUCUAUGUCGGCUAGAGACAAGUCUUUUAGAACCUUGCAAUUUGUUGCAAAGCUUCUUGCUUGGCGUCUCUACUACAAUGGAAGCUCUUUGGAAUCCGUCAACAAGUGGGACUCUUUAGAAUCUCAGAUUUCUUUUGCCAGAAAACUCUUUAGUAUUGGUAAGGUUUUUGAUUAUCUUUCCAAGUCCUAUUUCGGCACUCUUCAAGUAAAAAAUCCAAUUUCUUCGUCUGAAGCUGCUCUCCCUUCGAUUCAGCUGACUAGGGACCUUGCUUUUACUGGUUACUCUGCAAUGGAAUUGAUCGGUUGGUUACAAAAAACAAAAUUAAUCAAGUGCCCCAACCAUAAGUUUGUCUCUACCCUGAGCAAACAAUUUUUAGCUGCCGCCUUGGUCUCCUCUUGUUUCGCAGGCGUGUAUAAUUACCAAAAAGUAUCUGAACAGCUGAAGUCGAUUCAAGCCUCUGAUUCCGGUAAAACGAAACAUGAAGCAUCUGUUGAAUCGUUAAUCAAGGAAAAACAUGAUGUCGUCUAUUUCGCCGUCCAAAACGCACUAGAUGCCUUAAUUCCUUUGGCUGAGUUGGAUAUCUUGAAGUUAGAUGAAGGUGUUGUUGCUAUGACCGGCAUUACCACAAGCUUAAUGGGUCUUUAUAAGACUUGGUCAUCUUAAUUAGACGGUUUCUUUACUAUUUAGUCGCUUUUGAAUGUAAAUGUUGGUUUACUUCCAAUAUAUGAUAUUAAUAAAAUAGUGCUAACUUUAAAUUUGUAAACCAAUCUAUUUUUCCGGAUUUGAGAAUAAUGUACCUAAUU